UUUAUAAUGGCAGACAGCUUUAAUUCGAGUGGAUAAUUUUAUAAUUUUGUAGGAACAGCAGGCACAGCGGAUUUUUUACCAGGAUCAGGGCAGGAACAAUAGUAAUGACACUUAAAUACUAAUUAGAUUGAGUUUCGGAAGGAAUUAUUUGGCAUACAACGAUUAGCAAGCAGGGAGUUUUCAGAACAAUUUCCAUCAAUCUUAAUUGAUAGAUUCCGAAGUUAAAAAUAGUCUGGAUUAAUUUUUUGAAAUGAAAAUAGAAGAUGUCAGAUUGGACAAUUUAUUAAUUCAGGAGGAGUCUUCGAAUUAGUCCAAAUAGAAAUAAUCCAUACACUCAGAUAUAAAUAGUAGGUCCCAAUAUUCUGGUGAUCAGGAUUUUCGAUUAGGUUGUAAUCGUCUCUAUUAUAUGUAGAAUCAGCGGAAUAAAUUAAUAGUAAGUUUAAGCCUGAAGUUAAGAUGCUCAUUCCUUAAAAUUAGGGAAAGAGCAUAUAUCGAGACAAGAUUGAUUCUUUAUUAGAAAAGCGAACAUCAAACAAUAACUCAGUAUCUCCUUCAAUAACUCCAAGAUCUUCAAAGAGUCAAUAGAAAUUGGAGAGAAAGCGAUCCCAAAACUUGUAGAAUGAAACUUCAAAUGAAAUGACAGAUCCCACGCAAUUAAAAUUAGCAAAAAAUAGGGAGUCUGCAAAAAACUCAAGAGAAAGAAAAAAAAUAUAUUAAUAAUUGCUAGAAAAGCAGGUGUAAGAAUUGCAAUAGGAGAACGAGAAAUUGAAGGACAUAUGCAAGAAUUAGGCCUAAUCAAUGGAAAUAGUGAACAAAAAGACAUAAAAAGUAUAGAAUUGAUUAACUCCAUAGUUUUAAUUGUUCUUAGAAUAGCAACAACAGAUGUUUGAGAAAUUGGAGUUGUGUUUAAUAAAGAAGGCUAGUUUCGAUGAAAUUGGAAUAAUAAUGGACGCAUUGAGAUAUAGAAUAUAAUCGAAUUCUUAGGAGAGGAAUGAUACUGCAAGAGUUUAUUUUGAUAGCAUUGCGGAAAUAAUGUUGCCAAUGUAGGUCAAGUAUUUGUUGUAUGCUUGUCAAAAUUCGAAAGAUAUGUUUGCGAAUACUGACCAGUAUGAUAUUUGUUAUUAUUUCAAUAGAGAUUACAGCGAAUGGUUGAAGGAAGGGUUUGAAAGUACGAGUGUCAAAUUUGAGAAUUUCACCAAACUGAAGAAAUUUUAGUCGAAGGUUUAAUAAUUAAAAUAAACUAUUUCUAAGUAAUAAAUAAAUUCACUAGUAAAGUUCUUUAGAUAAAAUUAAAAACGAAAUCAAGUCCAUUUAAGACCAAGCCUCUAAAUUGGAUUAGGUUUGGGACUCGCUGAAAUCCAUACUGAAUCCUCUGUAAUUGGGGACUUUGAUGUGUUCUCUUUAUCAUGUAAUAAUGUUAGCAAUGAUUAGAAUCUUUAUCGGAAUGAACUAUAGACGAGCACAUUGUUUGCCUAAUUAAAGAACUCACAAGCGGAAGAGGAUGACUUUUCAUUCAAGAUAGAGGAGGAAAUAAAUUAUGGAACUAACAAAAUGGUUAAAAGGUGUUGA